AUGCCCCCUCAAAGGCAUCUCACAGGCGCUGCUGCCAUCCUUAAUGCGCUGAGGUCCGCGGGAAUAUCACAUCUGUUCGUGAAUUUGGGAUCUGAUCACCCAGCUUUCCUGUCCGAGUUCGCAUCGAGGUCACAUAAUGAACUUCAAAUAUUUACAUCUCCAAAUGAGAUGAAUGCUCUCUCAGCUGCAUCUGGAUUUGCUCAAAUUACGGGACGACCGGCUGCCGUGCUUGUUCAUGUCGAAUGUGGUACUCAAGGGCUAGCUGGCGCAAUCCACAAUGUCUCUAAAGGGCGUAUCCCAGUAGUGAUACUUGCGGGUACCGUUCCUGUCACUAUGGCGGGGGAGAUUCCCGGAAGCAGAAACGAAUAUAUCCAUUGGAUUCAGGAUGUACCAGACCAGAGAGCGAUCGUUCGUCAAUAUAUGCGUUAUGAGCAUGAAAUUCGCAGACCACAUAAUGCUGCUCAGAUUGUAUUGCGUGCGCUGCAAUUUGCUAUGAGCCAGCCACAAGGGCCCGUAUAUCUCAUCGCGAGCAGAGAGACAUUGUGUGAGGAGUUUGAGGAAGUAAAUACGCAAGUGGACUCAGUGCGCGACUACAAAAAGAACAGUGCUGUUGAGCCUAUCGGGCUAUCUCCCUCUGCCUUGGAUGAAUUAGCUGGUGUCCUUCUAAAAGCGAGGAGGCCUUUGAUUGUCACUAGCUAUUGUGGUCGCUCAUCGGAUGGCUUCGAAGCGCUAAAAGCUCUUGCGGAACUAUUAUCCAUACCGGUUCAUGAAAAUGCGCCCAUAUAUAACAAUUUUUCAACAACAUCUUUCCUUCAUCAAGGCCAUCAAUGGAAUGGUGGUGGCCAAUUGCCCGCUUUAGCUGAAGCCGAUGUGGUACUUGUCGUUGAUGCUGAUGUUCCUUGGAUACCAGCGCAGAGCAAACCAUCGUCACAAGCGAGAAUAUUCCAUAUUGAUAGCGAUCCAUUGAAAGAGGAGACGACUUUAUGGUCUUUACCAUGCGAGCGAAGAUGGAAAUGCGAUUCUGCGUUGGCGCUGAGCCAGUUAUGCGCAUCAAUACGAGCAAACGAUGAAUUUAGUCAGUCUCGGUCGAAAGAGCGUAUCGAGGAACGAAAGAGGUAUUUGCAAGAACGUUUCGAUCGAAGGACUAGUAAAUUACGGAAAGCCGAAGAGUGUCGAGGAGAUGGUAGAGUAACUGUGCCAUAUUUCAUGUCGCGACUUCGGGAUGCUACCGCGGGAAUACGUAUGGUAGGCCUUAAUGAGAGCACAACCAAUCUGGGAAACGUCGCAGAUCAUCUACAUCAUGAUCUUCCGCUUUCGCUAAUUGGUAGUGGUGGAGGUUCAUUAGGUUGGUAUUCUGGUGCUGCGGUUGGUGCUUCUCUUGCUUUGAGGGAAUUAGGAAGAUCCGAUGAUCUAAUUGUGGCCUUCACUGGCGAUGGGACUUGGCUAUUCGGUGUACCUAGUUGUGCAUAUUGGAUGGCGAAGAAGUAUGAUACACCUUUUCUCACGAUCAUAUGGAAUAAUGGUGGAUGGGCAAGUCCUAAGAACGCAUUUUUAAGACUUAACCCGGAAAUGGCAGGAAACAAACAAAUUGAAGGCAGAUUAAGUGAUCGGGUAAUGACUUCUAUAACUCCGUCACCAGAGUUUGGGAAGAUUGCCGAAGGAGCCGGAAAUGCAUGGUGGAAAAAGGUAACUUCAGUCGACGAGGUUGACGAAGCGUGUAAGAAGGCAAUCAAAAUCGUGAGAGAGGAGAGACGAUGUGCCUUGAUAGAAGUCGUCCUUGAUAGCGUCUAA